CGCGCGUCUUCCCCUAAACAAACCUACAUCGUACAAAACCGAUAAUAACUAAUGCGAUUUGUUUACCAUUCAUCAUCACGUGCUCACAAAUAUAAUGACGGACAGUGGCUAAACAAUAAAGAACAGACGACUCAACGUGAAACGCAAACGAUACCCACCUCACCGAUAUUGUGUACCCUACCUACCAUGACGUAUCUCGCCUAAGCUGACGAAGCAAGCCAGCAAGGUGGCGGGCUACACCCGGCAUGCUGUGUACGCGGGCGGCGCUACAUACCACGCGCGCUCGCCCGCCGUACCUCUUAACGCAAAUGGAGAACCGAUAAAACUGCCGGAGAAUCUAGAGAGCCUGCCCAGGGCGGAGCAUUUCGCCGCCCAGCGCCAUCGCUGGAACACCAAUGAGGAAAUCGCAGCUAUCCUCAUUAGCUUUGACAAGCACACCGAAUGGCAGUCCAAGGAAGUAAAGAUACGGCCAAAAAGCGGCUCAAUGCUGCUCUACAGCCGCAAGAAGGUGCGGUACAGACGUGACGGCUACUGCUGGAAGAAGAGAAAAGACGGAAAGACCACCCGAGAAGACCACAUGAAGCUGAAGGUUCAAGGGACUGAAUGUAUCUACGGCUGCUACGUGCACUCGGCCAUACUUCCAACAUUCCAUCGAAGAUGUUACUGGUUGUUACAGGACAGGAGGGCAAAUGAGCAGGCAGGUUUCUCUACGAAUCCGGACAUAGUGCUGGUGCACUAUUUGAACGUGCCGUAUCCAGAUGACAAUAAGCUGGCUACAGUUGCCCCCAGUCUUGCCCUAUGGGCAGAUAAGAAGGAAUGGACGAAGGACGAACUCGUCAGCCAGUUAAAACCUAUGUUCUUCAGCGAAGAUGAGCCUGAUCUCAACAAUGAAUUGGAAAUUUCGGGAAAAAUGUUUCAGACGGCGGAGACAGUAGAGGCCAUAGUGGGCCAGUUGAUGGAGAAACAACGAGCUGCACGUGCGGCAGCAUUGGCGAGGCAGCUAGAGUGCGGUUGUCCUGAUUCUACUUGCCAGGACUCACGAACAUGCGCUCACCCGUUACGGCGCAUUCAGGCAUCGAAACCACCAGCGUCAGACCACCACGUGUCGUCAACAACUGGCCCAUCACCGAGACCGAUGGCCCAACCUCCCCGGCAGUAUACAAGAGAUCAUAGAACGUCGACUCAGUCGUCGCCCCUCCUUCUAUCUUUGGGACAAAUUCAAGGCGGCGGAGGCUUGCUCAUACUGAACGGAACAAGUAAUGGAAAUCAACAGCAUUCCUCAUUAGUGUCACCGCUAUCGGUCACAUCAUUUGUCUGCGAAGAACCUAGGGACAGAUAUCGUCAGCAAUACAAACCGACAUUUGUUUUAAAAAGGGAAAUCCCUGAUAGUCAACCGACGUGUAUAAAUAAAACUGAAACAUUCGAAGUAGAAACUCGCAUAGAAGGGAAAGUGGAUGUAGAAAGCUUUGAUAGGAAAAUAAAGGUAGAACCGAGAAGUCGAGGUCAUAUUAUAGCAAGCGCACCGGCGACGCCAUCUCGAUAUCCGGAUCUAUUAGAGCGAUUAGAGAAUAAGGUGCAGACAGAAAACUGUGAUGAUACGUUAGUUUUGUUAGGAACAGAUGCGCAUUUAGAAACUUCGAGUGGAUUCUUCGACGAAACGUUGGAAUUAUCACACGAAGAUAUUCAGAAAACUUUAUCAGCUAAUAUGCCGACGUGUGAAUUAGAUCGUAGUGUAGUGCGGUCUACUGAGACGGCAAAUGUUAUGGUAUCUGGUAUUGAUACGAUGGACUUUAUAGAGAGUUGUGAGGCUGUAGCGUCACCCACGCAUGUGGUUGACGAUAAUGUAUUUGUCAAUUUGGAUGCUUUUGAUAUGUUAGGCGAUUUUCCGGAGUUAGAAGUGCUUGAUCCUAGUUCAAUUUCCACAAAUCCUAUAUCUUUAUGCAACAAUAACUCGCCUCCAACUGAGGAUAGUAAUGAAAAAAUGCAGACUGACUGCAACAACGAAGGAACCCUAAGUAUUACCGAUUAUUGCCCUGAAUGGGCGUACCCUGAGGGAGGAGUGAAGGUGCUAGUAGCUGGCCCCUGGACGGAGACAUCUGAUCAGUACACGGUGUUGUUCGACAACUUCCCUGUGCCAUCGAUUUUAGUGCAAAAUGGUCUGCUACGAUGUUAUUGUCCAGCUCACGAAGCUGGUCUCGCCGCUUUACAAGUAGCCCGUGGGGGCCGAGUAGUAUCCGAUACCGUGGUGUUUGAGUAUAAAGCGGGUCCAGCGCCCGCGCCGACAUCACCGGCCUCUGCACCAUUGCCUUCAUUGGACUUGAGGCGGUUCUCGCUGUUGCAGCGCUUACAGCGGCUGCAUGGACGACUGCAAUUGAAGACCGAACCUAUGGAUGAUAAUAACCAGGUGGAGGACGUGCAAUUGUACUCCAACCCAAAAUUCGAAGACCGUCUAGUGACCUUCUGUCAGUCCCUUAGUGUGCGAUCAGCUGGUACUUCAGAAGGAUUCGCUACUGAGCCCAGUGAGGAUGGCUCCACUAUACUACAUUUAGCAGCUGCGUUGGGCUAUACUAAGUUAACCACAGCCUUGUUAAGAUGGAGACAAGAUGAUAAUAGCUUGGCGUUGGAGAAAGAAGUCAAUUUGGGUGCACGGGACAGUGAUAAUUGUACGCCGUUGAUGGUAGCAAGCGCAGCCGGUCACGUAGACACAGCGGUUGUCCUAGCUCGGUGGAGCGCGGGCACGAGACGCGAGGCGGGCGCACGAGCGGCGUCCGCAGCCGCACGACGCGCGGGACAUACGCAUCUCGCGACACUGCUUGAUAGGAUCCACCCGCCCGCUGGUGAUGCGGUUUUUCGGAGACCCUUCAGUUUAUCGCAAAAGGGUAGAGCCGGGAGUUUGGAGAGCAACUUGGUGAAGCGACCGUCAAUUGACAGCGGAAUUAAUAUGGCCGACGCUUUCCGAUCUAGUUCCGCUAUAGAUAAACAUGAUUCAUCUUUUUUAAGAUGGGAACGGAGUAUGUCUUUACCCUUAGAUUCUGAUACAUCCGAAGACAGUCUUGGAGAUAUGAAAAUAGGACGACGCAUGGAUCUAGCCCUAUGGGAGCAGGAUGACAGAGUGUUUACCUUAGCAGAACAGAUAAUAGCAGCGAUGCCCGAGAGAAUAAAGAACGAAAGCUCUACAUUACUCUCCGGCUGCGAGCUGGACAGCGGCUCUGGUGGCGGUGAUGACACGCUCAUGGUGCCACUGCUAGAUGACACCACUACCUUCAACACUGAGUUCAAUUUUGAGUUCUGCGACAAUACGUAUAGGACUUACUGCGGCGGCUCGACCCCCUGCUCGUCGGGCUCGGUGUCCCCCGGCUCGGCGCUAUCCCCCCCGCCCGCGUCACCGCUCUCAGCGCUGCCGUGCGCGCCCUCCGCCACGCUGCAGGAGUUCCUUAACACCACGACUCACUUCUCCAGCUUGACUCUUAACGAUCGCGAACAGCGCGAGGUGUACUCAGCGGCGAUGACGAUCCAGAAGGCGUACCGGCAGUACCGCGGGCGGCAGCUGCAGCGCCGCGCCGCCGCCGCCGCCAUCACCAUACAGAACUGCUACCGGCGGUAUAAGCAGUUCGCCUACUUGAAGCAAAUGCACGCGGCCGCGACGGUGAUCCAACGCGGAUUCCGCUCGCACCGUCAGCGGCGGCUGCAGGCCAACAGCAAUACUAUUAAAAAAACCUACUCACAACGACGACAGAACCAGGCAGCGAGAAAAAUUCAACAAUUCAUGAGACAGACGAAAAUUAAUACUUGGGAGGAGUUUUCGACAAACAUUGCAGAGCGAACGAGCCGCAAACGCGAGGGCGGGCCGGCCGUCGCCGGCUGCCCCCCAAAGCUCGUCGCAGCACAUCAUCAGUACACCACCCACGCCUAAUAGGAUCAUUGAUUAUUUAGCGCCCGAAUCACCCAUGAACGCCGAUGAUGAUUUGUUGAUCGAGCUUUUGUUUAAAAUGUGACCUGACACCGUGCUACGAUUAUUUACCGAAGAUAUUCAUUAUAACAUCAACCGUUCUGAAGUCAUACGUAAAUGUAGGCGCUUUAAGGUUCUAAUUUGAAAAGCAAAAUUAGUUACUAACUGUGUCUAUCUUGUUUAUUAGUUCUAAGAUUCUCUUUUUCCUUUCACUUCACAUCCAUUACUAUUGCAUCAAAUUACUGAUAUAAUUCCUCAAAACAGGUUUCUUCGAGUUGUGAAUGAACUCAGGCCUUCAAUAACUUUUAACGUUCGUUAAAUGAUUCUCCUUCCUCGGAUUUUAUUUGUACAUUGUUUUUUUGAUCUAUUAUUAAUUUUUUAUCAUCUACUGUUUUUAUUUUAUUUUUAAUGUGUUCGGAAUUUGACUUGUUCAAGAUAUUUUCUUCUCUUUUACGUUGAAACUUCAGGUCAUAGACAGGGUUAUAUUUAGUAUAAAUUUUAUCGUAUUUGUAUUAUAUUUUCAUAAUAUAUUUUUGAGAAAUUUGUUUAGAACAUUUAUUGGAAUCAUAUUUUUGAAACUAAAUUGGAUAUAAAAUAAUUCUCCUAGAUCGCCGACGAUAUUUAAAAUGAUUUUUUGAAAAUUCUUAGAUUCAUACGUUUUACGCCAUUGCAAGAUAAUUAAAAAUAAUCUAUUAACAUUUUCGUUCCGUAUAUUUUAACGAAGUAUAUAUUUUAAGUAAGUUUUGGACUUUUAAUUUGUUUUCUAACAAUGGUUUCCACGGUGGAGUUAAAGAGUGUAGGUUAAGUACAAAUUCAAAUUAUUAAAGCCACUGUUCUUAUAAAGUAGAUGCACCUAGCGUAUUAUACAAUAAACCCGACGAGCUGUGAGUAUUUUGAGAUUUUAUCGUAUUUAAGAAAAAAAGUUAGGUUUACUAUUGGUCUAACGUUUACCGUAAAGGUUUCAUUCCAGCCUAAUAGGUUAAUUCUCUUUAGUCGAUGCAGGAAGCACAUAGACGACGGGUACGGUACAUUCCUUAGACGACGCGUUAUUGUCUCAAAAAUUGUUUUCUACAUUUGUUUCUGUUUCAUCUUUACCAUUGUUAACUUUCUUAAAUAUUUCAAUAUAUUAUUGUUCGAAAUUUUCAAUUCCCCCACCCCUAGUUCCUACUCCAACAACUAUUAAAAUAUUUAACUUAAUAUCGAUAAAAAUCGAAAUUAGUUCAUUAGAUAGUUAACUUUGUUUUAGAUUCCUUAAUAAAGCUAAAUGCCAUACUAAUCUAGCGUUCAUGAAAAAAUAAGGUUGUGCACCACUUAAAUAUAGAAAUAACUACCUAAAUAUUCCCUUUUUCUGGAUUCUCUGAUAUUUUAACGUAGUUAUAUAGAUAUUAGAUUAAGAUAUUAGAAGUAAUCAUAGCUUAACAUAGACGGCGUGCUGCCGUCGAGAUAUUUUCGAUUCGUAUUUUUAUAAAGCAAAAGUUACGAAUGACUAAGAUUGCUUUGCUUGUGCAGGGCCGUGGAUCAGAUUUCUUCAUUAUUUCUUCCUUUACUGUAUCUUCUUCUUUGUCUAAUUUCUAUUUAUCUUCAUAAAUGAUAUACCUAUUAAAAGGAAAUUACAUGGAUAUUGUGUUCACUUUCAAAUAAACAUUCUGAGAUUAUUUUACUGAUAAAUUUGUAAAUCUUGCAUUAUUUUAUUCGAGGAAAGAAUAUAUUGGCCCGGAAAUGUCGGACGUAAGAGGAAGAUUUUUAUAUUAUUAACGAUUUCCAUCAACGGUGUCGUAUCGAAGGUUUGAUAGGAGUUUUUGCUAAAAUUUUUUGAAUAAAUUGUUCUCUCGACAAUCUUUAAAAUUUAAUCGUAAGUAAGGGUAAGUGUAUGAAUGAGUUGGAAAUCAUUAAUAAUAAUAGCGAUUGUUAGAUGAAAUUUAUGAAUGUAAAACGACGAAGUUUGAGAAUAACCGUCCAGUCGUGGCGGCUUUUGCGCCCUCUGGUGGCCAUAAAGCGGAACCUUUCGAGCGAGAUAUGAAACAUCUUCACUAGUGUCCCAGCGCCGGUUUGCCUGGGCACGCAUCCGGGGGCGCGCGAAUGUAACAUGUACAUUUUAUAUUUUUGGAUUGCUAAUUUUAAGAUGCUAUAUUUAUAUAUGUAUACGUAGAUGGCGGAUACGUGGUCAGUAUUUCGGAAUGUAUUUCGCCAAAAUUUUGACUUAUUGAUUUCUCAUAAUAUUCUCCUUUCGUUUCGAGGCAAUAGGUCGUUUAGCUAGUGGUCAUGUAUAUAUUUUUGAAUAGCGAGCACGAUUGCUUUCGGAGCGCCAAUGAUAAUAUAUUUUAAAGACGUAGUUAGUGGUAUAAAAUAUUUUUAACAAUAAUCGAGAAAACUGAGAGCAAUAAUAUUUUUGUGGUAAAAUUACUCCGAUUUAUAGGAAGAGAGUAUUUUAAUAUCCACACGAUCGUCAGUUACAAUUGAAUUAUAUAGAUUGCUUUUUAGUGCCACCGUAUCUUAUGCUCCAUAUUGUUUUUGUAUUUUCGGUUAGUCGCAAAUAAUUAAAUAGACUUGUAUCAAUAAUUACUCCUUACAAUAUUGAUAUUAUUUAAAGGAUAUGUUUCAUUCACAUGUCACACAAAAUAUAUAAUUUUUUGCUUUCAACAACAAAUACAUAGGAUGUCAACACUGAACCUAUACUAAUUUCACUAAUAGUCCUGUACUCCUACUACAUGAUUGAAAAACAAACAGCUUUACAGUUUGAAGACAUUCCAGAAAUAUCUCUUUUAAAGCUCUCUCAAGCAUGAGCUGACUCUACUACAUAAUAAUUAUAAUAAAUACAAGCUGGCUACUUCAUUGUUUCGUAUUUAUGUUUUUUUGCGGAGCAUUGGCUACGGAAAGCCUUAGUGAUUGACCACAGCUAAAAGAUAGUGCACUAGAAGUAGAUAUAGUUAGAUAAAUACUUAUAGAAAUGAAAUAAAAAAUGAAAAAAUUUGAAAUCUAUACAUAGAAUUUAAAUUAAAAAUUUAACUACUUUUUAUUAUUAUAUUAAUAAGAAGCUUGUUCACACAUUUUAAAAUCGUAUCUAGUAAUAGGUAAGUAUAACGAAUAGAUUCGUGUUAAAAGGAUUGGAUUGAAAGCUAGUGAUAUUAUUGUUGGGUUUUAGUUAAUUUUUGGCUAUCAAUAAUGUAUAUAUCGGUCUAAAUUUUGAGUGUUUUUACUACAUUUAUCUUUUAUUGUACUUCGAAUGGAUUGGUCAACGAAAUUGUAAAAAUUCUCAAAAUUUAUCAACCAUAUUUUGCGCCAGAGGCGACUAAUUUUAACUAUUGUGAUAAAAUUGCAAAAGCGAUGAUUUUGUGAAUGACUAUUGAGUUUAUUUGGGUAGUUGCUGUUUUUUAUGUAACGUGCCAUUUGGAUUGUUGAGUUUUAGUAUUAAAAUAUUUAUAGCUUGUUUUUAUACAGGUUGAUAUUUUGUGUUCAUUUAAGUAUUUAUUUUUAACCAUAGACGUGAGAUUUGUUUAAAUUUACGUUAAUAUUUUUUUUCUAUGCAAUGGAACUUAUUUUUAAAAUACAAAAAAACCCUUGAUUAUGGUCAGAUUUAUUUGAACAAAAUAUCAAUCUGGUUUAGACGCCUGCCUAAUAUAUAAUAUUGCAUAUCAAGUAGAUAUUACGAAAUUAAUUUCUCUAGCAAUAUAGGUUUCGUUUUGGAAUCGCUAGUCGUAGGCAUUAUAUAAUUGUUUGCUUAAUUUUAUAUUAUAGGCGUAUAAUUUUUACUGAUACCAAGUAUUAGAAUAAUUAGAUUAGAUUCAUAAUUGUUUCUUUCGACUUUGCGUAUAGUUGCUUAAAAUUUACGUAACUUAUUUGAUAGCGAAUUUACUAUGUUUUUUUAUAUGUAUAUAAAAUUGUAUGCAUUGUAAUCAUUGUUAUUAAGUUUCAAUAUAUUAUAGAGAGUGUAAAAAGUUGUUAUGUACUGCCAGUAUCAAGUAUUUAACACCAAAUGGAGAAGGAUGAAUGCGUGGUUUGUGAGGUAUCCAGUGCAUCUUACGCCUGAAAGUUGUUAUAUUUUGUUAUUUUUUUCUUGUUAAUUGUUAUAGUCUUUUUAUUUUAUUGUUUUUAUAGCGUUAGUUUUCACUUUGUUUUUAACUGCGACUUAGAUAAACUUUUAAAAAGAUUUGACGUUUUUAGCUUUAUCAUAGCGUUGUAAAUGUUAUUGUUUUUUUGUGUUUGCAAUCGCUUGUUGAUAUUGUUUUGAAUAAUAUGAAGUAUUUGUAAAAUAAACUUAUAUGUAUUGUAUUGUUAUAACUAUUUUGCCUUUAAGUGCAAUAUUGUUCAGUGCAUUUUUAACUUAUUCUUAUUACGUAUUCCUUUUUUAUUCAGUUACAGUUGGAAAGUUUUGGAUUUAGCCGUAACUAUUAAUCGAUAAUAGAAUAUUUAAAAAUGCAAUAAAAAUAAUAAAACUGCAUGAAAGGAAAAUGAAAAUGUUUAUAGAUCAUAAAGGUUGUAAUUCAUGCGAAAUAGCAUUUUAGUGAAAACAUGAAAAUAUUAUUAUAGAAAAGUGCCACAGAAAUAAUUUUAUUUAGCUCUAGUUUGAAACUACUAGUCAUGUGUUUGUUUUAUAUAUGUUAUUAUUGUAUUGUUUAUAUUAUGUUUAUCGAAUUCUUUUGGGCUUACGCUGGUUGCAGAGCUUGCCCGA